UUCAAUUCCGCCGUCUAUUCCCGUCCCCUUUUCCUUCAACCUUCUCUUCAAUUCUCUGUCUUCAUACCACAAAACACCCACAUUCAUUCCGCCGGUCGGGUCCUUCUUCUUUUUUUAUCUUUUUCCACAACGCCAAAACCAAGUCUCAACUUCCCCUUUCAACCACACCAUCUCUCAAAAUGAAGUUCCUCACCCCCUUCGUCCUCGCCAUGGCAGCCCUCACAACCGCCAUGCCCGCGGCCGAGAACCCUGCCGUCCCCGCCAUCGCCGCCCGCCAGAACCAGAACCGCCCCGUCCCCCGCGGCACCUGCUGCGUGGCCAACACGUCCCUCAAGCAGGACUCGUGCUUCACCGCCAACGGCCAGCCCGGUCGCUGCGUCCCCGGUGGAAACAACUGCGGCUCCAGACUCAGCUGCGUAGCCAACAGCCAGCUGACCUGCACCAACAACAUCAUCGAGCGUGGCAAGAACCUCUGCCGCGCCAGGGCCGGCAACGGCCGCUUAUUUGAUGGCGCGAGGUUGAUCAACAACUUGAACCAGGCCACCGUCAACUAAAAAGAAGAAGAUGAAACUUUGAAUAGGAGGGGAGAACUGCCAGGAAGAGAGGGGGACUGGAAUCCAUAAUAGACAACUUAAUAGACGGUUGCAAAACAACACCA